AUGGAUGCAGUGAGCAGCAUAUUGAGUCUCCUUCCCGUCAAGAGUCUUCUUCGUUUCAAGAGCGUGUCAAAGGAAUGGUGUUCGUUCAUCAACGAGCCCUAUUUCAUCAAACUCCAUCUCUCUCAAUCUAUGCAAACCAACAAGUAUAAUCGCAACAUCAUAUUUAAAGAAGUAGAAUCCGGUAAACUCAUCUCUGUUGAUUUUGAUUCCAUCAAUUUCCAAAACCUCAAAGCAAUCAAUCACCCAUUGAAGCAUCUUAGUGGAUGUGGUGCUGAUGAUGAUUAUGGAGAUAUCCAAGUUUUUGGUUCAUGCAACGGAUUACUUUAUUUAAUCAAUAGAAGGUAUAGGAUAAUUGUGUUGUGGAACAUCUCGACAAGGGAUUACAAAGUCUUACCGGAUGAGUCACUGAAAGUAACAAGCAUACGGGGGGAGAUUUGGUACUUCUAUGGUUUCGGGCAUGACUCGAUCAAUGAUGAUUACAAGAUAGUAAGGGUUGCGCAAGAGGUUGACUCAGUAAAUCAUACACUUAUAAUUAGUGAAGUAAAAGUUUACAGUUUAAAAACAAAUACAUGGAGAAAGGGUGAAGAAAUCCCUUAUUACUUUCGUAAUCGUUCAGUAACAGGUACAUUUGUUUGUGGGGCUUUACACUGGCUUGCAGUUGAAGAAAGAGAAUGGGAAUGUCCCAGCAGCAUCAUUGCCUUUGAUGUUGCAACUGAGAAAUAUCGGCAAAUAGAGCUGGUCGACAACAUGGAACGCAAUGCAUAUAGCGUGGUUCCGAGGGCUUUACAAGGAUGUCUUUGUACAAUUACGACUUGUUUCAACAACGAAGUUAAUAUAUGGGUGAUGAAGGAUUAUGGGGUGAAAGAGUCCUGGACAAUACUGCAUAGUUUCCAAGGAAGUAUAUCUUCGGCGCCUCAUGUAUACCCUUUGAGGCCUUUGGCUUAUUCAAGAACCGGUGACCGACUGCUACUACACCACGAUGGUUUAUCUUUUUUAUGGUAUGACCUAAAAGAGAAUCAGUUCGAGGAGGUCGACCUUCUUCAGUUGAACAAUGUUAAAACCUUCCUUGUGGAGAUUUGUGUGGAAAGCCUCGUUCAACUUGGUGAAUCAAUUAAAGCAUAA